ACGCAGCUAAACGACGUCGCACUGUAGUUUGCUAUAAACCCCUUUUCCCAAAAAAUUAGGGCUUUCAAUUUUGAUUCAACAAUUCACAUUUUGUUGAAUUUAGAGCUUUUUUUUGGGUUUGUGUAAUGGAUGGUGAGUUUUGUACUCAUAGAAGAUGAAUAACAGUCGAGAAGAAGCGAAUUGCUCCGGCGCAGACGAGGAAAACGCGAAGUUUCAUACAGUUCAGCCACUUCGGGAUUUGGAAUCGAAUUGGGGUGUUGAUUUAGCUAAAAAUCUUGAGGAGUAUUUGCUCAAAAUUUGCUCGGGUGAAAUUACUAGUAAAAAUUAUGAUGAUGGGCAUCACCUUUCUGUGAAUUUUGCUGAAGCUGCUUUGCUGCUUCAGGGGUCUGUUCAGGUUUACAGCAGGAAGGUGGAGUAUCUGUAUUCUCUUGUAGUGCAUGCUUUGGAAUUCAUCACCAAGAAGAGUGAACCAGAUCUACCAGCAAGUGGAUCAGCCCAAGCAGAUGAAAACGGUUUGCCAGUUGCCAACCAUGAAGAGGAUGAUCCAUUCUGGGUUUCAGAGGAAAUCCCAGUGGAAGCAAAGAAUAUGUUGGAUGAUACGGUAUGCAGGGAUUCAUUCACCCAGUUUGUGAAGGCCCCUGCAAAUCUGGUUGUGCUCGAGGGUGACUGCCUGGAUGUUACUGGAGAUGCUGGAGAACUGGAGUCUUACUUGCUAGCCACAUGUGAUCUUUAUCGAGAUUUUAUUCUAUUGGACGCAUGUGAUUCAGUAACAGUGGAUGGCUUUCUGGAUAGUGAGAAUAUAGCUGGAAAGGGGCUGAACAAUAGUUCAAAGGGCAGUUCCCUAAAAUCCAAAUACCACAAAAGCUUUUCCUCUCCCACAGGACUUUCUGGGGGAGCUGGCAAUAAAUCUUCAGCGCGAAAGAAUCAGGAUGCUAAUUUGUAUCAGUCUCCGAGGGGUCAUGAGUUUGAUCCAGUUAAUUUAAACAAUGAUCCACAUGAGUUUGAUCCAGGCAAUUUAAACAAUGAUCCAUUCUCAUCUGAUAUACCUGAUAACAUUGAUGAUGCACAUGGAUAUUCAGAACCUAGAGAUUUAGAUGACUCAGAUGAUGAAGACCCAUGGAAACCCUUGAACCCUCAUGAACCAGGCAAUUUGAAAGUAAAAUCGUACAAAAAAGUUAAAUCUAAUAGAAGACAGGGUGUGGUAUCCAGAAAACUUGCAUCUUUGGCCACAGAAUUUCCGCUUGCAAGAUUACAUGGUACCAUUAAUACCGACCUCAACGAGAUGUGGGAGAGGAGAUGUUGUGCCAUGAAUAAGCAAGUCGACGCACAAUCUCCACCACCAUUUGAGAAGCUCCGGGAAUCACUUCUUCAUGGGGUGAACAACGACUAUGAUGAUUUCUAUACCCCAAAUGAGAAGAAUGAAGAUAAUGACUAUGAUAGUGCUGAUCACGAUUUUGGGCCUCCUGAUUUUGACAUGCCAGAAAAUGCAGACAUGAACAACAAUGCUACUCCACAUGGUGAAAAGCAUGAUAAUUGUGGUCCACUUUUUGAUCGUGAAGCUCAUGAAGAUCUGAAUGGUCAAGAAAACCUUGAAGAUCUUUGUCGCUCCCACUUGGAUUCUCUUCUUGCUAACCUUGCUGAAACUGAGAAGCAGACUGAAUUGGCUGCUCGGGUUUCAACGUGGAAACAGAGAAUUGACCAAAACUUGGAGGAACAAGAAUCGCAUCCGCCCUUUGACAUUCAUGAAUAUGGGGCAAGGGUUUUGAACAAGUUAUCCCUGGAAGAAAAUGAUAAAAGCACCAUGUCCUUUUCUGAUGUUGUCAAGGGUUUGGAGAAGCAUGACAUUGCUCGAACAUUUUCUGCGCUUCUGCAAUUGGUAAACAAUGGAGACGUUGCUUUGGAAAGAGGUGAUGUAUGCGAGUCCACUUGUUACACAGCUGCAAAUCCCUUCUCUGUUCAACUCCUUAGGCAUGGCAACGGUAGGGAGGAAAUGCAGUUUCAAUCAUCAAAAAAGAGAGUGAAAUCUCCAAUGCACAAUCAGAACAUCAGAAAGGAAAAGAACAAAGGUAAAGCCGUUCAUGCUGCUGUUGAUUCAUCGCCUUCAGGACCCGAUUCAGAUAGCAGAGUUCCCCUGAAGCUGGGAAAGGUAAAUGGAACAAGAUGCACACCUGAAAGCAAGAAAAGAAGGAAGUCCAGAAUAGCGUUAGCAUCGGAUGUGCCUACUGCAUUGUAGUAAGACAGAAGAUUCACCCCACCAUUGUAAUUCUCAUCGCAAACCAAUAACCCGUUGGGUGCAGAAAUUUGUAGCAUCUGUUUCUUGCUCAACUUAUUAGGCCUUAGUGUUAUACUUAGCAAGGAAGAUGUAACAGUAUGUGACAUAUACUCUUCAUUUAUCUCUUUGUAGACAAACAUGUUGAUUA